AUGACAGCGGGAACUGUUGUUAUCACCGGGGGAAUCCUAGCGACAGUGAUCCUACUGUGCAUCAUCGCCGUCCUCUGCUACUGUAGGCUACAGUACUAUUGCUGCAAGAAGGAUGACUCUGAUGAGGAAGAGGAGGAGGAGGAGGAGGAGGAAGAGGAAGAGCCCAACCUUCCCACCCACUCCCACCUGGGCACCUGCAACGCUUGCAGCAGCUCACGCAUGGUGGACGGGCAGGGCAGCCCCGCGUCCCCCCGCAGCGAGCUCAACCAGCACGGGGCCCCCAACUACUGCCCCACCUGCUCCCCCUAUGCCUCCCCCCCACCCUUUUACAUCCGGACUGCCGACAUGGUGCGCAACGGGGGAGAGAGGGUGGCCUAUGCCCCGGCCUGCUACAAGGAGGUGGGGCCACCCAUCAGCAUGGCCACCCUGCAGAGCUACCCGCUGAGCCGCCGUGGCCUCCUCCGCGAGAGCUUCCCCAACCCGCGGGCGGUCAGCACCGAGGUGUAGUCCCCUGUGCCACUAGCACUUGGGUGU